GAUACUCUGUCAUUGAUCUAUACGCAAAGAGAAAGAUGUCAGAAGCCGCUCCAGCUCCCGCUCCAGCCGCCGCCAAGGUCAAAGCGGCCAAGAAGAAGGUCGUGAAACCGAAGACCGCCGGCCUAAGUGUCAGUGAGCUCAUUGUGAAGGCCGUGUCCGCGUCCAAGGAGCGCAGUGGCGCGUCAGUGUCCGCCCUCAAGAAGGCUCUGGCGGCCGGAGGCUACGAUGUGGAGAAGAACAAUUCCCGCGUCAACACCACCAUCAAGAAGCUGGUGAUCAGCGGGACCCUGGUCCAGACCAAGGGAGCCGGGGCCACCGGCUCGUUCAAGAUGAGCAAGAAGGUGGAGACCAAGGUCCAGAAGCCGGUGAAGAAGGCCGCUCCCAAAGCGAAGAAGCCCGCCGCCAAGAAACCCGCAGUGGCUAAAAAGCCCAAGUCGGCGGCCGCCAAGAAGCCAGCAGCCGCUAAAAAGUCCCCGAAGAAGGUGACCAAACCAGCAGCGGCCAAGACGCCCACCAAGAGCCCCAAGAAGGUGGCGAAGAGCCCCAAGAAAGUGGCGAAGAGCACUAAGAAGGUGGUGAAAAAGGCCCCUGCUGCCAAGAAAGCCCCCGCGAAGAAGGUCGCCAAACCCAAAGCGAAGAAGACAGCAGCCAAGAAGAAGUGAGCUGUCCUCACUGUGAAACAUGUCCAUCCUGGUAAAAGGCUCUUUUAAGAGCCACACACGUCUUUCCAAAAAGAGCUGUUUCCUCAUCAAUCAUCACCACUGCCAAUACAUAUGUAGAGACAGAGUUCUUAACUAAAGGGACUCAAGUUUGAUAGAAAUAUAUUUAAGGUUUUUCGUUCAAUGUUAAGAUUUAGAAGUUAGUUAACAUCAAAUAAUAUAUAAACAUAGCUUUAGACUCUGUGUGAAGGAGAGGCAGACUACUACUGACGCACAUAUGAAAACCUGAUUCAUGUGAAAUACGUCUUUAAUCCAACAUGUGACCGGACACACGGCACCUAACUUUUAAAAGCUCAUGUUACAGAUUAAGCAAAGGUACCAGAGUGAUUGUUUAUGACUACAUUACUAUCAUAUAAUAGUUUGUAAGAUGUGUAACCAAUAGAUAUGUUUACUUCUCACCCUAGAUUUGCAUAAUGACAAAUGUAAAGAGGGUGAAUGUUGCAUUCAAUUUAUUCUACCCACAGUAGUUUCUAU